GCUGCCUACUCCUCGACGCGCACAGGGAGGCAUUUCGUUCUUUCGACUGCUCCUUGCUUGACACACACGUAUCGUCUACAGAGACUGUUGUUGGUAGCAUCGAACGAGCCCCACACGUUGCAAGCCGCGCGCAUUCCACACCGUCACACCCCGCACUCAGCAUCGCACCUUCCGCCGCAAUGGUGGAGGAGACGCCCAACAAGAAGAGGGACGGUCACAUCCCUUCUCCGCUGCAGUCUCUCAGCAGCUCAACAGCCUCGCUCGGCCGCUCGCCGCCCCCGGGUCUCGCCAUGGCAUCCAGCCCCAGCCCCCACACUCACCGUGGAAGCUUCGCAGAGCAGAUGCGCGGCGGCCCUGGCUCACCUCGCGCCUCACGACAACCGUCGCUCUCGCAGCAAGCUUUCCAGGACCUGAUCAACAACCCACCGACAAAGGCAGGGGACCCAAGGUUCCAUGGACGCGACUGGAAGACCAUUCGACUAGGAGAGAUUGUAGACCCGUCGCUGGUACGGUUUGUUGAGUACGACACCAGCGUGGAGGAUGCCACAAGCCUACUCCUCAGAUCUGGCGCGCCCAACGUCGUCUUGCUCCGCGAAGAUGCAAGCACUCGUCACGCAAUCGGCACCUUCGACUACAGCGAUCUGAACGCGUACCUCCUACUUGUAGUUGGCCUUGCUCACCCCGAAGAACAAGAUGUCGCAUCGUUUGACGAGCUCGCCAAGAAGGGACGAGAGGGCAAGCCCAUCCCUCUUAAGGACGUGAAGGACCUGGGCAAGAAGGGGCCACUGAUCACGCUACCUCACACGGCAGAUCUCACCAAAGCUAUGGAGGUCUUCGGCAGCGGUGUGCAUAGAGCGCUUGUCGCGAAGGAGGGCACCUCAGAUGUUGUCGGUGUACUGACACAGCUGAAGCUGGUCUCGUUCUUCUGGGAGAACCGGGCUAGCUUCCCUGCAGUGGACCAGCUGUAUCCACAGCUUCUCAAGGACCUCAGCAUUGGACAGAAGCAGGUGCUAGCUAUCAACGGCGAUAAGCCCCUUGCCACAGCUCUUGAGCUUAUGCACAAUGAGGGCGUGUCGUCUAUCCCAGUGCUAGAUGCGCAAAACAACGUUAUCGGCAAUAUCUCGCACGUUGAUGUUCGAUUACUCACGAAAUCCACCUCCCUCCCGCUCCUUCGCUCAUCCUGCAUUCACUUCAUUUCUGUCAUACUCUCUGAACGAGGCGUAAACGAUGGCAAGGACUCAUUCCCUGUCUUCCACGUCAACCCUUACAGCACCCUCGCCCACACCGUAGCCAAACUCGUGGCCACCCGCUCGCACCGGAUGUGGGUCGUCGACACACCCUCGCCUGCCUCAUCAGGCCCUUCGACUCCCGCUAUCCAGCCUGCUGUCCUUGUACCUCCUUCGCCGAUCACACCACUCCCACUAUCGCUGUCUGGCCCUACACCUGUGAAUACAACAGCACCGACACACCUGAUAGGCACAGGUGCAGUGGCUCCUGCUAUCUCUGCGAGUGCGAUCACCGGCGCGAGUCUAUCUGGCCGACUCAGCGGCGUGAUCAGCCUGACAGACAUCCUGAAUGUAUUCGCUCGUGCAAGCGGACUGCACCCUCACGACCCUGACGAGGCGCGCCGCGCCAGGAGGCGGAGCAGUUCGAGCAGCAUGCGAACCAGUAUGGACAGCUCAAGGAGCGAAAGCAUAUCUGGGAUCGCUGGCACAACGGGCCGCAGGAGCAGCGUCAGCGAAAGGGACAAGACCGCUAGCAUCCAAGGACUCGGAGCUUCGAGGGGGAGGCCUGCCUGAGGCUGACCGCAAUACCUCGUUGAGGCGGUCUUGUCAGGCUCCACCACCAUUGGAGUUGGGUUUGGCUUCGGCUUUAAGCAAGCAAGCUGGAUUUGAUUAUCAGGCGUUAUAAGCGAUGGGAGCAUAAGUCCUACAUAGGCACUCACACAUAGAGAGGAAUACGAGCAUCGGCUUCGUGAUAAUGAUAAUUGCAUUUCGCUCUUGCUCUGAUGCCUACCCAGCUCUGACUUUGUGGCCCAGAUGACGCUGCCAGAGAACGCCAUUACGUUGCCACAUCCUACCCAAAGGUAUCUACAAGAAGCCAGACCAACCACGUGC